GAAGAGAACAAAGUUCUCAAUGGGUUUGAUUACUUGUUUUACAGGGGCCAGAGAAGCUCACAAUGCCCCAUGUGUUGGCAGCCUCUUAGCUUGAAAGAUUCGAACAGCCAAGAAUUAUUUGAUGCGGUAGAGCAAGAGAGGAACAUGAGAAUGAAUCCCCCCAGGAACACUACAAUUUUUCAUCAUCCCGCUUUAGGGGAUUUUGAGUUGCAGCAUGUUUGUAUUAUUUUUAAUGAUAUUGCACUAAAGUCCUAUUAAGUUGCAUGCUAUAUACUCCUUCAUUCCCACAAAGAGAAAUCACCAUUUCAUUUUGAUCUGUAUCAUUAAGAUAGUUCAGUAUCUUCAUAAAAUAAUUACCCCACCCACAAAGGUUUGGUCAAAUUACUAGAUUGCUCCUGAAGUUUAUGCAAGUUCAUUAGUUUUUUUGAGCAGACCUUUUAUUGGGGAAAUGACACCAUUAACAUUGAAAUAUGGUAGAAUAUAAUGUUUCUCUAAUAUAUUUGUAUUUCAUUUUAUCAAUUAACACCUAAGGGGGUUUUAGGAUUUUGUUGGACAAAGUAUCAUGGAAAUUUUUCAAAAAAUAUCAGUUGAUUUGUCAAGUGGUGUAUUUGUAAGUUUCAGAAAUUUUAGGGAUCAUCUGGUAAUUUGAUCAAGCAUCCGUAGAUGUAGAUGUAAUUAACCAUUUAUUGGUGUAUUUAAUUUGGUAUUUCUUAGUUUUUUAUACCACUACAAACUUACGUAAGAAGUUGUUAACUUCACAUGCAAUUAACUGUUUCCACUAACUUGUUAAUUGUCAUCCUUUUAAUGUUUGAUUGUCUUAACUUGUUUUUCUGUUUUCUUGAGCCGAGGGGUCUUUUACUUUAUAACUUUAUAGGUAGCAUGAAGUUUGUGUACGCCCACCCUCAUAGGCCCCAAUGUGGGGUCUUACUAUUAUUGCUGUUAUGCAAAAAGAUAGUGGACUAUCUUUGUGAGAUGUAGAGUCUAUAUUAUUGGUGUUUAUGAUUAUAAUAUGCAGAUUUCUUAUUGCAGUUACCUGUAAGCGCCACUGAUUCUGACCUUGAAGAGCAUAUUAUUCAGCACCUGGCUGCUGCUGCAGCCAUGGGUAGGGCACGCAACCUUGUUCGGAGGGAAGGUCAAAGGCCUAGAACAUCUACUCAAGUUGGAGAAGGCUCUGCCCAAUUGACUACGACACCGCUCCCGUCCCAAAUGGAUCAGAAUCCUGCUGCUGGAUUAGGUGGCAGUGGUAGUGUUAAUUUGUUUGGAAGCUCUCCAAAUAGUAGGUCUCCCCUCUCGUCUCCUAGUAACCAAGACGGAGUUGGGCCAUCUGAUUUCCAGUCUCUCUCAGAAUCUAUAAAAUCACGAUUUAGUGCCAUGUCAAUGAGAUACAAAGAAUCUAUCACAAAGAGCACCAGAGGUUGGAAGGAAAGAUUAUUCUCUCGGAAUAAUAAUAAUAAUUCUACUGAAGGAAGAAAUGAGGCAGGCACCGAUGCUCCUACUGUAUCACACGUGAUCUCAAAUGGAAUGGAUGGGAAUAUGAUGCCAGAUAGUGCGGGACAUCGCCAGAUUUCAGCAGUUGAUGGCAAUCAUUCAUUGACCCCGGGUCAUAGGGAAAAUCCAUGUACUGCGGGGUCCGCUUCAGACUGAUAACUUUUUUGCAAUGUGAAGUCGUGCACGAUGAAGAAUCUUCUCUCUAAGGAGUGAUGUUUUUGCCUGUCAUCUGGUCCUUUGGUUAGUUUAUACCCGCGUUUCAAUUGCAAUAGCCUGCUGCAAUAAGAAAGAAGAAUCCCGUUUGGGUGUUCGACUGUUGGGCCAGUAUAUGUACGUAUACCUAGCGCAUAUAUGUAUAAUGUAAAUGUUUAAUGAUGUGGUCAACCUUAAGUUGGAUGGACUCAAAAAGUUAUAUUUUUUUGUGUCAAAUUCAAUCAAAGUUGCAUGUGAUUCCAAUCUCUUCAUUCCUCAUACUUUGCUUGUGAUAU